AACCAUUUGUUCUUUUUUCUGCUAUACCUUAUCAAAGUACUUUCAUUCAACCUAACUUCUGCUCCACAACAAAGCAAGCAAACCAGUUUUCAUAUACAUCUCUCUCUGAUCUCUCUCCUUGAAUGGCGAGUAUAUCAGAGGUUUCAUCAAUGGCAUUGUCGACGUCAUCAUCAUCAUCAUUGUCGCCAGGACGAAGUUCUUCUUCACUGACCUGCAGCACUCCAAGCAUUCAAAUGGUUUCGAAAUCGGUAUCUGAGAGGCUUCUCGGGAAGUUCUUUGAUGCAUCACAAUAUGAUUUUGAUUACGAACAAAGUGGUCUAUGGUCUCCUCCGAUUCCGAGAAGGGUUUUCUUGGCAUCUUCAGGCAAUGUUUGCUCUCAAGACGAGUUUUUCUCCAAGCUUAAGAAAGCAAAGAAGCCUUGGAGAAAGCGCAUUGCUUGUUUUCGUGCGUUUUGGUGCUCUUAAACCAAAGAGACAGCAUUGAUUGUGGCGAACCUUGAUCUCCUUUUACAAAGGCAUGUUUCGUCUCAAUUAAGUUGCCAUUCCCAUUAUAUCAUAAAGCGUAUGGAUUACACUUCCCCAACUCAUCACCAGUCAACAAAAGAUUCCAAGUUAAAAACAAACAAAAAAGAAACCAUAUACAAAUUUCCAUGUGUAUUUCUUCUAUGAAAAUGCCCACAUAUACAUAUAUGUCUAAUAUAAUACCAUGUAAUGCUCAUCAAUCAAGUCAAUUUUUGUUGAAAAUAUGAAUUGAUAUGUGUAUUCUGUUUCUCUUUUUGCAUAAGCUGAGAGUACACUGAUUAGUUGACAUCCCUAAUAGGUGCUACAUAAUUUAUUGUAUUUUAGUUGGGACAUAAAGUAGCUGUGUUUAUUUAUUUGAAUUUGGAUUGUAAAUGAAGAUUUUGAAUUAUAUAUGUACAGAAAACAGUGAGUGACCCGUCACGACUCAUGAAACAUUCUCAGAGAAACAAAAGGGAUUUUCAGACUGCAAAAGCUAGGGAUUUGCUUUUGAAUCUAGGAACACAGUCGCAACUCACAUAACGGUUCACUUGCUACGAUCCAAUUCCAAAGCCAAAGGUUGCAUGAAGAAUAAGCAUUGCUUUCUUCUUUUUGUCUGUUUAUAUAUUGAAUAAGAUUCCCCCACCACAUGCCUUUUUAUGAAAAACAAAAUACAACGAAAUGUAUUUCACCAUCUGAGUAACAACGAACAUUCUUUAA